AUGAUCUCUCUACUUGCAUUCACUCUCUUGUUGUCGCAAACGAAAGGACAAAAAGACGAUCUUUUAAUCCAUUAUGAUAUAACCAUUCCAGGGUCUACCCCCGAAGAUGCCCUUGCCGUACCCUCCAAUUUCUUCGGAUUUGGCUUUGAGUCUGGGCUAUUCCCACAUUAUGAUAAUGAUUUCUCCGAGAACAUGGUCAAUGCUAUUGGGUCCCGCAUGAGCGAACCGAUAGUACUUCGACUUGGAGGCUCAAGCGGUGAUCAUCUCACCUUGGUGGAUAAUCAAACAGAACCUUCACUUUGUGAUCAUGAAAAAUGGCCAAUUUGCGAUAGUAACAGCUAUUUCACGAUAGGCCCUAGUUACUUCAACACUUUGAAGCGCUUUACCGAAGCAAAAGUGACCCUUCAAGCACCCAUGAACGACUCCACCCUCGAAAACUCUAUGACAUUCCUUCGAAAUGCCUGGGAAGCGAUCGGUCAAGAUCGCGUUGAAGCAAUAGCACUGGGCAACGAGCCAAAUUACUAUGAUUUUGAGCAGUGGACAGCUGCGGAAUAUGUCAAUAGAUCAAUAGCUAUUGAAGAUGCUGUUAUUGCAGACUUUGAGCUACUUGAUCCGAGAAUUUUCCAGAUUGGAGAGAUUCCUAGUGAAGUCAUUCAGGGAAUCUUUCCUUUGUUUACCAUGCAACAAGUCCUCGAAGACCCAAUCAUACCCAACAAUCGCAAUAAAUAUGCAUCAGGGCAUCUGUACCAGCUCGACCUUAUUGGCCAACAACCCGGAGCAGACUGGUAUACAACAGACAUUAUGCAAAAGGGCUUGCUAUCCCAUGACUUCACCACCAAGAUUCUUGAGGGUUACGCCAGAGAUGCCGCUUUCUUGAAAGAACAAAACUAUUCGUUCCCUCUCGUGAUAUCGGAGAUGGGUUGCGCGAUUGGGAACAGCCCGCCUGAUUUUGCUGGCGGUUUUGGUGCAGCAGUUUCAGCCGUGGAUAUCAAUCUUAAAGCAAUGACUAUUGGAGUCAAGCAGAUUACCAAUACUCAAGAGCCGACAGCAACUCACUCCUGGUGGGUACCCGACAACUCCGGACCUCAAACGACGGGCCCAUCUGUACAGGGAGUGUUCCCAGCAGCAGCAUUCAUUACCGACUUUGUCGGAAGGAAUGAAUCCCUUGGUAGAAUAUCUCAAGUGCUUGGGGAGGAUCUCUUUUCUGCCUACGUUAUGCAUGAUCUCGUGUCCAAUAAGCCGUCGCGAGUUGCUCUACUCAAUCUGAAGGAGUGGCACUCCAAUUCAACAGGAGACAAUCGAAACAACACUCGUGGUAAUGUGACAGUCUCUCUUAACGUGGGAUAUGUUGCCCAAUCAGUUGUUGUUCAGCGUCUACGCUCAGACUAUGGUUCAUUUGCCCUUGGAUUUGACAAUGGUGGACCAGAACAAAAUACUAGCUGGGCUGGGGAGCAAUGGAGUUAUCGAGUGAAUGAAGGGAAGGGACAUUUCGAAAACGGUCUUGAAAAAAAGACACUCAGUGUUAAGAACGGAAAGGUGGAUGUGGUUAUCCCUGACACUGAGGUUGUGAUGGUGUCUUUGAAAUAG